UUAAUACUGAACAUUCAAUUAUUGACACUGAUCAAUCGUGGUCACAAGGACAAGAUGAGAGUUGGGGUCCUCUGGAUGGUGAUGGUGUGUUUGAGUGACAGAAAGAUCACAGCAUGUUCAGUUAACACCACUCGCACAGUGUCAACAACACUCAGUAAAGUUUCUGUAUCCUGUCCGCCAAACGAUGACAACAACUCAGAGCUCAACUACCUGCUCCUUUUCAAUGGCAAGUGCAUCAGCCGAAUACAUCUGCCCACGGCGCGUGAUUCAAAGGGCUCCUUCUCUGGUCAGUAUGAAGUCAUAGCCAACAUCAGUGGAGUGUACAUAUGUAAGAUGGAGGUUCUCUAUCCUCCACCGUACAAAGAGUCCUGCCACUCCACUGAAGUAGUUGUGGCAGAAAAGCAGAAAACCAAUGAAACCUCCACAGAAGUAAAUCAGAACUGUCAAGUCAAGUCUUCACUCAUACCAGAGGUGGUGUUGUGGGCAGGAUGUGGUGCUCUAUUGUUCUACAGCCUGACAAUAACCUGCAUCAGCAUUGUUCUAUGGAGGAAGCUGAAGAAUGAUGAAGAGGAGGAAAAUGUGUAUGUCAACACCAGACCUGGAGAGCCCAAGAAACCCUGCAAAGCCUGACAACAGCUUAUAUUAUAAUAUACAGCAACAUACAGACCUUUGAAUGUAUUUGAGAGUUGAUCUACGUAUAUUACUAAUAUUGUAAUUUUUUUAUGUAAAAGCUGAAAUCAAACUGCAUGAAAGAAAUAAUGCAUUACAUAUAGUUUUGCUGCAGAAAAUAUAGAUGCAACACUUGUAUUUAAUAUAAUCAAAUUAUAUUGACAAAUUUAUCAGUAUGGUUAGAAUGUUUUUUUUUCUUUUUUUUCAGAUUUCACAAACAGACCUCACCUCAUGUUUUCGGGUUGCAAACUGAAAAAAGCUGACAAUAUAUGUGCUCACUGUUACUCAUUACAACAAAAUUAUGUUUUCUGUCAGUAUUUUUUUUUUUACAUACAGUUGGAGUUAGACAGUGUGUGCUUGUUCAGCUGGGCAGGGAUGUUCAAGAUAUUACAUUGCUCAAUUUGGUAUUAUUAGCAAAAUGUUUGACUUAUGAUACUUAAAUAAAAAAGUUUAACAGACUGUAGGGCUACUGAAAUUAUAUUGCAUGUAAAUUGUACAUUAUAUUCUAAAUAUUUUAUUUUAAACAUUCUUUAAACAUUUUGUUUAGAAAAAUACAAA